UACAGGACAUUCGUCGAACUUUCAACAGCACGGAAGUGAGAAGCGAGUUGUUAUGGAGAGGAGAGAACAAGAAGACGACGAGGAGAGGCAAGCCUCGGACCGCUUGAUCCACCGCGUCGUUGCCUCAGGUGGCGGCGGGGCUGUAGGCCACGGAGAACCGGUCAUGUGGCCGACCGUGGAUGGUCCAUUAGGUUUAUCGGAGGAGAGAUCCCUGGAAUACGCCCGCAGCUUCUUCAGGUGGGGAUUCUUCCUCCUUCCCUUCCUCUGGGCCGUCAACUGCUUUUAUUUCUGGCCCGUCCUGCGCAAUCGGUCGUCCUCCUCUUCUUCCUUCCAACGGAUUCGGCAUUAUGUUGUUGGUUCAGCAAUUGGUUUUUUAAUCUUCACAGUUGUGCUUUCUUCUUGGGCUCUUACUUUUGCAAUAGGAGGCGAGCGGCUCUUUGGUCCGGUGUGGAAGGACCUUGUAAUGUACAACGUUGCUGAGAAAUUAGGCCUCACGGGUUGGAUCUGACUUUGAGAACAUACCAAUGAUCUUUGUACAAAUAUCAACUGAAUAAAGAGAAGAGUACAAAAUUUCUCCUCUCUUCAAUUUUAGCUAACAUUGUUCAAUGGUUGGUAGGAUUUGUAGUUUUUUUUUUUCCAAAAAUGAUCCUGUUAUCCUUUAUGUGAUGAACUCUUUGUAGGUAAUAUUGAGACUUACUGUGAAGAUAACAGGGCUAGAGUUAUUUAGCUGUUGCUAAGGCUAAGAUUUUUGCUCGAA